AUGCGUAUCAAUACUGCUGCCCCAGUCUUCUCCACGCUUCCUGCUCAUAACCACGCCUCAGACGGCCCUUCCCACCCGCUUCAUGUCCCUGCAGGAAACCAGCGGAAUUCUCAACACAACGGUGAGCCACGCGCCGAAGCGGAAGACGUGGAACUCGAUACGUUUCCAGCAGGCAGGGACCACAGCGAGAUAAGAGCCAGGAACACGGAAGCAGAGGGAUCUGAUUUCGCGUAUUCUGACGAGGACGAAUUCACCAGCGAGAACGAGGACGCAGUCGAAAACGCGCAGCUCCUUGGUGACCCUUCGGAUCGACGACGGAGACAGAUGAAGCGUCAGAACCGUGACACAUCGAAACGUCGCUCCUCACCGGGCUUGACAAUUGCAACAGGCCCGAACGGCCACGCCAACGGCAGCAUGAACUCGCAGAUCGAAAUGCGGAGGAAAGACCCCUCCCUCAGCUCGCCGCCGUCUUCCGCAGCGCAGGCAGCGCGCGUCAUGGCCCGGUCGAGUUUCUCCUUAGAUGACGAUCCUCCGACCCCGCAGACCCCGAAGAUGAAAAACACAAGCUUCUUUGCUCUGCCUGAGCAUGACAAAAGGAACUUUCUCCUUCUGUGUCUUCUGUAUUUCUUGCAGGGGGUACCAAUGGGUCUGGCAACGGGAUCAGUCCCGUUCCUCCUGAAACCGCACCUCUCUUACGGACAGAUUGGGGUCUUUUCUCUGGCAUCAUACCCAUAUUCGUUAAAGCUCUUGUGGAGUCCGAUCGUGGAUGCCAUCUGGAGCACCCGGUUCGGCAGACGGAAGAGCUGGAUCACUCCCAUCCAGAUGAUUUCGGGGUUGGCGAUGGUCUACCUGGGAGGGCAGAUUGAAGAGAUGAUGAAGGCAGCCGGCGCCAAUGGAGGCGCCGGUGUAUGGGGUUUUACCUGGUGGUGGUUUCUCCUCGUCUUUCUCUGUGCGACUCAGGAUAUCGCCGUUGACGGCUGGGCGAUAACGCUCCUUUCGCCGCAAAAUAUCUCUUAUGCCUCCACGGCCCAGACAGUUGGCUUGACCGCGGGUCAUUUCCUUUCAUAUACCGUUUUCUUAGCGCUCAAUUCCCCAGAUUUUGCAAAUCGUUGGUUCCGGACCACCAAGGGAGAGACUGGUCUUCUCUCUCUUGGAGCCUAUCUUACUUUCUGGGGUUGGACGUACAUUCUAGUCACUAUUUGUCUGGCUCUUCUGAAAAAGGAAGACAAGACGAAGGAACGCGACAGCAUCAUCGAUGUCUACCGAAGCAUGUGGAGCGUUCUCAAACUGAAGAACAUCCAGACGAUAAUCAUCAUCCACCUGAUUGCCAAGAUUGGCUUUCAGGCGAACGACGCCGUCACGAGUCUGAAGCUGUUGGAUAAAGGCUUUGGGCAGGACAACAUGGCCCUGGUGGUGCUCAUCGAUUUCCCGUUCGAAAUUGGUUUGGGAUAUUACGCCGGCCAAUGGUCGAACCAAUAUACUCCCAUGAGACUGUGGUGCUGGGCGUUCGUUGGCCGACUCAUUGCCGCCGUCGUGGCCCAGGCGACCGUGAUGAUCUAUCCUGCUACGCCGAAGGUUCCUCUGUGGUAUCUUCUGGUGGUCAUUGGAGAGCAUGUGCUGUCCACUUUCAUGAACACGGUCAUGUUUGUCGCUAUUUCUGCCUUCCACGCGCGCAUUGCCGACCCUGCCAUUGGAGGAACCUACAUGACCCUGUUAGCGACUGUUUCUAACCUUGGGGGCACUUUUCCGAAAUUCUUCAUCCUCAAGCUUGUCGAUCUUUUUACUCAAGCGACUUGCAUUCCGCCAGUCGAGCCACCUGACCCUGCCAAACUAAAAGGACCACUCGUUACUUCUCCAUUCUCCUGUGUGCUUGAAGCUGACAAACACCGCUGCAAGGAUGGGGGUGGAUCUUGUAACGUCGAGCAGGAUGGGUACUAUAUAACUAAUGUUCUGUGUGUCAUUAUCGGCGCCGUGACCUUUUGGUACUAUAUCAAACCGGCGGCAUUGAAAUUGCAGGCGCUUCCCCUGCGGGCGUGGAGGGUAAUGUCUGGGGGUGGGAAUAGAGAUUAA